AUGGACGCCUACUCGGGCUACAAUCAAAUCCCCAUGUUUGAGCCAGAUCAGGAACACACCUCCUUCAUCACUGACAGGGGGCUUUAUUGCUAUAUAGGCAUGCCGUUUGGUUUGCUAAAUGCUGGGGCUACAUAUCAAAGAUUGGCCAACAAGAUGUUUAAGGACCAGAUUGGGAAAACAAUGGAAGUUUAUGUGGAUGACAUGCUAGUCAAAUCAAAGGAAGCUUAUGAUCAUGUGACACACUUAUCAGAGAUGUUCGACAUACUAAGGGAUUACGUGAUGAAGUUGAAUCCCCAAAAGUGCGUAUUCGGGGUUGAAUCUGGCAAGUUCCUGGGCUUCAUUGUCAAUCACAGGGGAAUCGAAGCUAACCUUGCGAAGAUCAAGGCCUUAAUUGAAAUGAGGUCGCCUAGGAAUGUAAAAGAGGCCCACAAGAUUGAAGUGCGAACGCCCUUCCCUCUCAGGAAAGUACUACACAAGCCCGAAGCCUCUGGAAGGAUCAUGAAAUGGGCAGUCGAGCUAGGCCAAUUUGAUAUAGAGUACAAGCCAAGGACCACCAUCAAGGGGCAAGCACUAGCCGACUUCAUCUUAGAGUUUCCACCUACUUUUGAAGUUGAAGGUAUGGAAUGUGUACCUGAACCUCAGUCUUCAAUAGCCAUACCCGAGAAUUGUUCCUCUUGGUGGAACUUGUACGUCGAUGGGGCUGUCAAUGGAAAUGGGGCCGGGGCUGGCAUUGUCCUAGUCAGCCCGGAAGGCCAUAAGCUGCAAAGCUCCAUUCACUUCGACUUUAAAGCCACCAACAAUGACGCGGAGUAUGAAGCCCUAAUAGCGGGGCUGAAGCUAGCCUUGGAGAUGAGGGUAGAAAAUAUGAAUGUUUACAGUGAUUCUAUGCUGGUAGUCUGGCACAUCCGAGGAGGCUUCCAAGCUAGGGGUUCCCAUACUGAUCUCUAUAUGCGAUAUGCCCAGGAACUAAUUGGGAAAUUCAGGGAAAUCAAGCUAGAGCAAAUACCAAGAUCUGAAAAUGCAGAUGCAGACGCCCUGGACAAGUUAGGCUCUCAGAGGGAUGCACACAUGCUUGGGGUGAUCCCCCUCGAAAUCCAGUAUCAGCCUAGCAUCCCCAAGAUUGAAGUCCUAGAUGUUGAGGUCGAUGAGUCUGACCUGUGGACAACCCCAAUCCAGGAAUACAUAGCCAACGGAACCCUACCUGCAGACAAGGAUGAUGCCAGAAAAUUGAGAUACAAGGCAGCCCAAUAUGCUACCCUCUACAAGGAUGCUCAUGCCUUCGCCAAGGCCUGUGACAGCUGCCAAAGGUUCUCUAAUACGAAUAAGAGCCCAGCGGUACCCCUAAAGGCCUUGACAAGCCCCUGGCCAUUUGCUGUUUGGGGUAUAGAUCUGAUUGGUGAAUUACCCAAAGGAAAAGGUGGGGUGAAAUACGCAGUCGUGGCUGUAGACUACUUUACUAAAUGGGCUGAGGUUGAACCCUUGGCUUCCAUCACUGCGAGGAAGUUGGUAGACUUCGUUUAUCGUGCAAUCGUCUGUCGAUACGGGGUACCCUACAAGCUCAUAUCAGACAAUGGGAAGCAGUUUGAUAGCAAUGAAAUGAGGAAUUUCUGUGAACACCUUGGCAUAAAGAAAGGCUUUUCCGCGGUGUGCCACCCUCAGAGUAACGAUCAGACGGAGGUCGUAAACAAGAUUAUUAAGCACACACUGAAAGCCAAACUGGAAGAGAAAAAGGGAUGUUGGCCGGAAGAACUUCCAGUGGUGUUGUGGUCUUACAAUACCACUCCAAGGUCUACCACUGGCAAAACCCCGUUCACCCUAACAUACGGGUGUGAAGCCAUGGUUCCUGUGGAAGUUGGAUCAGGGUCCCUUCGAAGGGAUAACUAUGAUCCUGAGAAUAAUGAAGUCAACCACAGGCUCUACCUUGACCUGAUUGAAGAAGUAAGGGAUACGGCUCAGUUCAGACUUGCCGCAUAUCAACAGAGGACCCGUAAAUAUUUUGAUAAGAAAGUGAGGGCUCGACCCCUCAAAACGGGAGACCUGGUUCUAAGGAAAAUGAUGCCUAACAUGAGGGUUCCCGCUCAUGGGGCCUUCGGUGCAAAGUGGGAAGGCCCAUAUAUUAUCAAGAUAGUGCUCUGGGAAGGUACCCACCACCUUACAGACAUGGACGGAAGACUCAUACCACGGGCAUGA